ACGCCGUACCCUUACGGCGUAGGCUCUGCGUCGAUUUAACGCGGAACCAUAAUUGAGGUUUCAGACAGGGCGGCCCGUCGGUUACCAAGCACGCACUGCACCGCGCACGGUCCGACAGCGACGACAGCAGCGGGCUUUGGCGUGAGGAGAGACACCGGCGUGACAACAACACAGACGCACCAGAUCUGGUGGCCAGGAAGAAGAAGGUGACGCAAUCACUGCCAAGGUCCGGUUCCCCCUGAAGGUUCAAACAAGUAGCAGCUGAGUGAUCUUCGUUGCUUGCGUCUGGUCGGGGAUGGCGGUGAAUGUGUAUGCCACGUCCGUGUCCAUCGACAACCUCAGCCGACAUGACAUGCUGGCGUGGGUCAACGAUUCUCUGCAUCUCACCUACACCAAGAUCGAGCAGCUCUGCUCAGGAGCGGCGUACUGCCAGUUCAUGGACAUGUUGUUUCCAGGAUGCAUUCUUCUGAAGAAAGUCAAAUUUCAAGCCAAGCUGGAGCACGAAUUUAUACACAACUUCAAAGUUCUCCAAGCUGCGUUUAAAAGGAUGAAUGUCGACAAAAUCAUUCCUGUAGAAAAGCUCGUAAAAGGGAAGUUCCAGGACAACUUUGAGUUCGUGCAGUGGUUCAAGAAGUUCUUCGACGCCAACUACGACGGGAAGGAGUACGACCCUUUACUAGCCAGACAAGGCCAGGAUGUGUCCCCAGCCCCCAAUCCAGGUGAUAACUUUAUCCACAGACCAAAGAGACAUCCAGGACCACAGCGAACUUCUCCCACAGUUCCCAAAAACAUGCCGACACCACAGCGGGUCCAGCACAACACUCCUGCGUUGAGGAAGAACCCGACGUUGUCCAGAAACGGCGGCAGCGAUGCUGAGAUCAUGGAGCUAAAUCAACAGCUGAUGGAGCUGAAGCUGACUGUCGACGGUCUAGAGAAGGAGCGGGACUUCUACUUCAGCAAAUUACGGGACAUCGAGCUCAUCUGCCAGGAACACGAAAGCGAAAACAGCCCCAUCCUCAGGAAGAUAAUUAACAUUCUCUACGCAACAGAGGAAGGCUUUGCACCUCCAGAUGACGAGGACCUCGAUGAACAAGGUCACCUGGACCAGGAUGAAUACUAAACCCGUCUUCUCCCUGCUCCCCCAGCUUCUCCCUUCUAGUUUCUUUUUCUUUACUUUUUCGGCUCCUCGUUUAUUUUGUACUCUCUGCACGCUUUCUAUAAAUGCUCACCAUUACCCCAGCUCCGUCUGUCUUUUUCUUUUCUUGCUCAUGAGCAUCUCUGUCGGGACCCCAAGCCCUCCACCCUCAGACCGCCUCUCUCCUCCACGUACACAGCAGCAGUAACAGUAAUGUAUUACAUAUCCCAGUUAUUUCAGCAUGACUAAUACAGAUCAUUGAGUUGCCUGAAAUGAAGAUUGUUAUGGCAAAAAAAAAGGAAAAAAAGUGAGUUUGAGUCUGUAAAUAUUACCGACAUUUUGAUUUCUGAAAGAUUAAUGUCUUUGCUUAUUCUGGAGUUAUUUAUUUGCCUUUUUGUGUGCUGUUAAUACAACUGUUAGAGCACAUAACAACUCUGCUCCGGUGUGCCAUCGGGAACCUCCCCGAGCUACUAAAAACUGUAACAGAAGUGACUUUUGAACAACUAUGUCUUAUUUAUUUAACUUAUUUAGAUUCACUUUCAUUUAGAUUCACUUUCUGUAGCAAAACUGAUGCAGACCUGUUGAGAGCACUGGAGUCGAGCUUUUUGUUGUUUUUUUUUGCUGCGGUGGGUUUGACGCACGUAGAAACGCCGAAGGAAGAAAGCGCUUUCAUAUGAUGGCUCACCGAGAAAUGGAUCUGUACUCUCCGAUUAUUCUUUAUUGAUCAGCAACACAUCUUGAGCAUGAGAAUGUUCCAUAUUGACUGUGAAUGAGUGAUAUUUUGUAAAUGUAUUUUGUCUGAUGUUGCCACUAUUUCUUCGAGGCAGACAAGUUGAAAUGAAAGAGACAAAAAAGGCACCUGCAGACCGACAACACGGAUAUGUAGCAGUUCUAAUGUUUUCCUCUAAUAGUAUUUGUGGGCCUAUAUACACAAUAUAAACAACAUAUACACAUGACAACUUCUCUCAUCUGCCUAACAUGCUAUGAUUUGCUGUGAAGUUUUGUCCAGAUUUUUAAGAGUUGAUGUCUGAAUCGAGGUCUGUAACCAGCUGACUGGUUAUCAACAGCAUCAAAUAAAACAUUUCUUUCUUCAUUUUUUUUUCUUUUGUUACUUUUUAUUUUCCUUUCAACUUAGCAAAUUGGCUCGUGUCUGUUCUCUGGAUUCUCUGGACGCAUUCAUCGACCAAGUCAACAUAACACUCAUCUUUUGAGUUUUGAAUAAAUAA